GUUAUGAAUUUGUUGUGCGCCAUUUGUUCGGAUCUGUUCGUACCGUCGGAUGAUGUGCACAGCACCACCUGUGGACAUAUGUUCCACUAUGUGUGCCUCCUGCAGUGGCUGCAAAGAUCGAAAACAUGUCCCCAAUGCCGAAAUCGUUGCAUCGAGUCGAAGCUGGUAAAAGUCUACUUUAACGUAGCGGCCAACGCAUCGGGCGAAGACGGUACUCAGUUGUUGGUAAAGUUAGACAAUUUGACGCUCAAACUUCACGAAACCGAGAAAAACCUGAAGGACCAGCAGAAAAGGUCUGGGGAGCAUAAAGAUGAGCAGAAAAAGAUGCGGAAAACAUUGCUGGGUCUGGAAGAGCAACUACGUUCUAAGGAGUCGGCACUGUCACUGUACAAACACGAAAUAGACAUGCUGCGAGGCGACCGGCACUGUAUGCUGAAGAUGAAGGAAGAGCUGGAUAUGCUUAAACCGCGGCUUGAAUCCUAUGCCACGAUCCAGCAAGCCCUCAAAGCAACGGUCCAGGAAGUGGAUCAGAUGCUAGCCAGUGAUACGAGUAGGGCAACCGUCAUUGCACUCGCCGCAACGCUAAAACGUGAGCUACAGGCACAGGAGAUUAGGCGCAAGGAACAAUCCGACCGACUACAUCGCCUGCAGAACGAGUUGAUGGAGGAACGACGAAAGCGAAAAACUCUCGAAGAGAACCUUUCAUCGUGUGACAGUGAAAUAUACCGGCUUGAGCAGCAAGUAAAGCAGCUCUCGGCCAAAGCGGAACACCAUAAUGUUUCGGUUGAAAGUGCCUCGCCAGAGGCGUCAGUAAUAGUCAACACUCCCGAUCAGCAGCCACCGGUACGACGGAAACGACCAAUGAUGGAAGAAGACCUCAACAGCAGUACCCCGUUGUCGGAAAAAGUGAGAAAAAUCGUUAAUUCUACCUCGCCCUAUUUACGCAUCAAAACUAGCAACCUCGGCCUGGCCCCACUGAUGCGUAGCGGGCUUAGUUCUAAACCAAUGUCCUCGUGCAAUUCCAAAGACGUUCGAGCAACCAGUAAAGUCCCUGCCACAUCCAUCGCCACUGCAUCGUCAUCAAAGUUUUCUUUGCUCGCCCAUCAAAGACCGUCAUCGUCCAUCAAAGGAGGCUCUUCUCUUCUAUCUUUGGGCUCGUCUAAUAAUUCAGAACCGGACAGCGAACCGGAGAAUAAGCCUCGUUUCAUACUCACGUCAUCUACCGUAACCGCGCGAUUAAAGACAGGCAAACUCAAACGACACCCAUCGACCAUUUUGAACGGAGAAAAACUGACCGGCGAAAACGCGCUCGAUAUAAUAGCAGACUUGGACAUAGCCAACAUCGUUGGCAAGUGA